AUGGGAGAUGUGGCUAUUUCGGCCCUUGUGAGCGAGGUGGUGGGGAGGCUGACUUCUAAAGUUAUCAAAGAGUUAGCUCUACUUUGGGGACUCGAGGACGAUAUUUCAACUCUCCAAGAAGAUUUCACCAGCAUCCAAGCUAUUCUUGAAGAUGCAGAAGAGAAACACAUCAAGGAAAAGGCUGUAAAGUUAUGGCUUAAGAGUCUCAGAUCAGCGUCCUUGGAGGUAGAAAACGUGUUGGAUGAGAUUUCAACUGAAGCUUUGCUACAACGUCUACACAAACAAAGAGGCGCUGCAUGGAGGGUAAGAGCCUUCUUCUCCUCAGAUCAUAAUAAACUUUUGUUUCGUAUUAGAAUUGCUCACAAAGUUAAAUCCAUAAGAAGAAAACUCGAUGCCAUUGCAUCCAAGAGAUUUGAGUUGAAAUUGACCCCAUCAAGUGACAUAAGACAUUUAGAUGUGGGAUUUAAAGGUGUUUUGCCGCAUAGGGAAACCAGCUCGCUUAUACAUUCUUCACUCGUCUUCGGAAGAAAUGACGAGAUGGAGUUAGCAAUUGAAAAGAUAUGUAACAAAGAUAUAGGAAAAUACGACAGCAGUGAGAUUCGAGUGUAUGGUAUAUGGGGUAUGGGAGGCGUGGGGAAAACUACUCUAGCUCAACUAAUCUAUAACCAUGAAAGGGUGAAGCAAUAUUUCGAAUUAAAAUGUUGGGUUUACGUCUCCGAGAACUUCCAAGUUAAAGAGAUAAUAAAAGGAAUCAUUGCAUCCAUAGAUAAAUGUGAGUGCACACUUACACAUCUGGAUGUGUUGCAAGAGUCACUUCAAAACAAGUUAAGAGGAAAGAAAUUUUUAAUUGUACUAGAUGAUGUUUGGAUUGAAGAGGAUGAAAAGGCCAAGUGGGACGAGGUAAGCAAAACAUUAAGUUGCGGGGCUGAAGAGAGUAUUGUUGUGAUGACAACACGAUACGAUACAACUAGUCGAAUGACAGCUAAAGUUCGCGAGUUACAACAUGAACUUGGAUGUUUAUCAGAAGUGUACUCAUGGUUAUUAUUCAAGAAGUUUGCAUUUGCAGAAGGAAGAGAGGGGGACGACAUAAGUAAGCUAGAGCCUAUCGGAAGAGAGAUGGUUGAGAAAUGUAAAGGAUUGCCUUUAGCAGUGAAGACCUUGGGCAGCUUAAUGUGGUCGAAAAGAAGUAUAAGUGAUUGGCAACGUGUGAAAUGCAAUAUUUUAUGGGAGUUGCAAGAAAGUAAGGUUUUGCCUGCUUUGAAGUUAAGUUAUGACAACUUGCUUCCACAUUUAAAGAGAUGUUUUGCUUAUUGUUGUAUGUUUCCUAAAGGCUAUUAUAUGGAAAAGGAUGUAGUGAUUCAAUCGUGGGUUGCUAACGAUUUCAUUCCACCUAGAGGAGACAUAGAUUUGUAUGUGCUUGGAGAAGAAAUUUUUAACUUUUUGGUUUGGAGGUCCUUCUUCCAGGUAGAUAAGAACCACAAUAACAAUUUUAAAAUGCAUGAUCUGAUGCAUGACAUGGCACAACAUGUAAUGGGAGAUGAUUUUCUAGUUAUAGAGUCUGGUAAGGAGAUUAUAAUCCCAAAUGAGGUCCUUCAUUUGAGCUCAUCAUGUCCAUAUUAUCGCUUUUCGCCCCAGGAGUUAGAAAAGUUAAGAUCAUUAAGGUCAAUAUUUAUGUUCGGAGAUAAGUAUGAACCUAGUGCUACAUUUAUGCCUAUAUCCAUUUUUGGAGAUAAGUAUGAAUGUAGCAAUACCCAACUUUUCAACCACAUGUAUAUGAGGGUAUUAUACUUGUCUGGUAUUAAGUUAAUUACACUACCUGAAUCAAUUUGCAAACUGAAACACCUAAAAUACUUGAACUUAUCAUACUCAAGUAUAGCAUUUUUACCUGAGUCCAUUGUUUAUCUCCAAAAUUUGCAAGUGUUGAUAUUGCGAUCCUGUAGGAAACUGUAUUGCUUGCCAAAAGGCUUGAGAUACAUGACUAGUUUGGAACGUUUGGACAUCGCUUAUUGUGAUUUACUCACGCGUUUGCCAAUUGGAAUCAAAGAAUUGACUAGUCUCCGAAUACUUCCGCGGUUUCCUGUUGGUUACAAGUGUGGGGCAAAACUAGGAGAGUUAGGGGAUCUAAAUCUUCUUGAAGGGGAGUUAGAGAUAUCACAACUCGUGAAUGUUGGAGCUUCUAGUGAGGCAAAGGGUGCCAACCUCAAAUGCAAAAGAAAUUUGUUGGUUUUAAAGUUAAAUUGGUUUGACCCUUUUAGGAAAGAAAGUAGACAAGAAAUGUUUGCAAAUGAAGAGGUUCUCGAGGGACUAGAACCAAACCAGAGUCUCAAAAAAAUGAUAAUAAGUAAAUACAUGGGAAAUAAUAUAUCUCCAAAAUGGAUGGUCAAUUUAAGGAAUUUGGUUGAAAUUCAAUUUUUUUGGUGCAUGAAUUGUGAGCAUAUUCCAUCACUUGGGAUAUUACCCAAUCUCAGGGUCAUUAAGUUGAGCUUCAUGCAUUCUUUGAAGUGUUUCCACGAUGAUGAAAUAAACAUGUUUACCUGUUUACGGGAACUAGACAUUGGUUGUUGUCCGAAUUUGGUUUCCUUACCAUGUAACCUUCCAAGACUCGAGGUUUUAAAACUAGAACGAUGUGGGGGAUUAAUUUCUUUACCGGGUUACCUUCCAAAUAUUACAAAGUUGAAAUUGUCAUAUUGUGAUGGAUUAGUUUCUCUACCAGACGAGAUUAAAAGUUUCAAGUAUCUUAAUGAACUUGAGAUAAAUAGAUGUAAACAUCUAAGUAAAAGGUGUGAAAAGGAGAAUGGUGUAGACUGGCAUAAAAUUUCUCACAUACCUAAAUUUAAAACUUAUUCUUCAGGUAACAUUGGUUUUUUUGUUCUUCUUUCUUCUAUUUAUUUUCUUAUUGCAAUAUACUCACGUUCUUCAUCCAAACAGUAUUGGAAUUUUCUUAAUUCGGAUAACGAAAGAAUAAAGGAUGAUUGCUAG